CACGGACGGGGUUGCCGCCACCGCAUCAAGUGCGGGGAGAAGCGGAGCGAGACGCUGCAGCCAUCGCCGAGGCUGCCAGUGAGCCGCUACCCCCCGCGGAUCCGCCCCCCGCCCGCUCCCACCUGCGCUGCCGCCCGCCCCUUUCCCGUUGUCCACAGGCGAUCCGCGGGGCUCGCGGUGUCUCCGGGCUGCGGACCCCAGCCCCAGGCUCUCCCCCCUCCUCCUCCUCUCCCCUUCCCCUCUCCCUCCCCCUUCCCACCCAGGCUGUGCCCCCCCGGCCGGCCCCGGCAUGAGCAUCUCUAUCCCGGCGGGGCUGACGGAGCUGCUGCAGGGCUUCACGGUGGAGGUGCUGCGAAGCCAGCCCGGGGACCUGCUGGAGUUCGCCCUCCAGUACUUCGGGCGUCUCAAGGAGGAGGCAGCGGCGGCCAGGGCGGCGGCAGCGGCUGAGAGGGAGGCGAGCGGCCGUAAGGCAGGCACCCCCGCGCCCGGCCAUGACAGGGGCAGCCAGCCGCCGCGUCGGGGCCCCCCGGAUGCCCGGGGGGUUAACUUCGCCGAGGAGCCCAUGCAGACCGACUCCGAGAGCGGCGAGGACGAGCAGCAGCCACAGAAGCAGCAGUUUCCGGCUCCGGCGAUAAACCGAUUUACCAGACGAGCAUCAGUGUGUGCAGAAACCUACAAUCCUGAUGAGGAAGAGGACGAUGCAGAAUCUAGGAUUAUUCACCCUAAAACAGAUGAUCAAAGAAACAGACUGCAGGAGGCAUGCAAGGACAUUCUUCUUUUUAAGAACCUAGAUCCGGAACAGAUGUCUCAGGUGUUAGAUGCUAUGUUUGAAAAACUGGUUGAAGGAGGGGAACAUGUCAUUGAUCAAGGGGAUGAUGGUGACAACUUCUACGUCAUUGACAGAGGUACAUAUGAUAUUUAUGUAAAAUGUGACGGUGUUGGGAGGUGUGUUGGAACCUAUGAUAACCGAGGAAGUUUUGGUGAGUUGGCCUUAAUGUACAAUACACCCAGAGCAGCUACAAUUAUAGCUACUUCUCCUGGUGCCAUCUGGGGUUUGGACAGGGUAACAUUCCGAAGAAUCAUUGUAAAAAAUAAUGCCAAAAAGAGAAGAAUGUAUGAAAGUUUUAUUGAGUCAUUACCAUUCCUUAAAUCUUUAGAAGUAUCUGAGCGUUUAAAAGUGGUUGAUGUGAUUGGCACCAAAGUGUACAAAGAUGGAGAACAAAUCAUUGCUCAGGGUGACUUGGCUGAUUCUUUCUUCAUUGUGGAAUCUGGAGAAGUAAGGAUUAUAAUGACAAGGAAGGGUAAACAAGAUGUAGAAGAGAAUGGAGCAGUUGAAAUAGCUCGAUGCUCAAGAGGACAAUAUUUUGGAGAACUUGCUCUCGUAACUAACAAACCACGAGCUGCUUCAGCCUUUGCUCUUGGCACUGUCAAAUGCUUAGUUAUGGAUGUGCAGGCGUUUGAAAGGCUUUUGGGACCUUGUAAGGAAAUUCUGAAAAGAAACAUUGCCAACUAUGAAGAACAACUAGUUGCUCUCUUUGGAACAAACAUGGACAUUGCUGAUUCCAGUGCAUGAACUAAACAUUGGAGCAACCAGAUCUGUUAUGAGAAUAUAGCACAGUAGUGGUUAGUCCACUGAGAAAUUGUCUCUUUUCCUAUAGAUGCCAAGCAUUUUCUGUGAUUUUAAGAGUUGGUUUGGGUUUUGGUUUUGUUUUUUACUUAUUACAGUGGAAUUACUAGUAAACAAACCAGAAAUUUAAUAAAUUAUGGGUUCCAUUUUCAAAAAGGGUUUAGCAUUGAUGGUUCCAUCUGGCAUGACGGCAACUCAUAGUAGCACAGCACCUUUGAAAAUCGAGUCCUUUCACACAGCAUAUUUCCUUUAAGAGUAGAUUUUAAAGAGCGCACAUGCGAUUAACUUGUUAAACCAUCUCCUGUUCUUCAAAAAGGUUAUGACUUCUCUGGAAAGACUGUUAGUUUGAAUGUGAUACGUUGAAAGUAUUAGUGCACACCAAGUGUUUAUAUGUAUUAAUACAGAAGAAAUAGAGUAGAUACUACUUUCUGGCUAUUAAAUUUGUCAUGAUUUUAUGUUGCAUUUAUCACAGAAGUAGUGAACCACAAAACUAAUUGUAAGAUAAAGCAUGACAACGCAUUUUGUGUAAUGCUCAUGACCCAAAUCUGAUUUUUAACAUUUUGUAAUUUGCUUAAAAGUCCUCUUUGUUUAAUAUGUCAUGUUUCAGCACGACAUUGUAAUAUCUUAUGCAAGUUAGAGGACUUGUAUAUUUUUGCAAUAAACAGCAUUUUUUAUUAGUUACAUGUAUUCUCUACAGUCUAGAGUGAGGACAGCUUACAAAUUAACCUUAAUGCUUUAAAAGCAGGGGCAUAGGUCAUUGUCAUGUUCUACCUAAUCAUACAUAAUCUAUAUUGAUUUCCUUCUCCUUUGUUUUAUAUUUAUGCAUUUUGUCUUCUCUAUCCAUACUUGUUCUCUAGCUAAUUUUUUUUUUUAGAUGUCAACUUUUUUAUCUGUUAAAUCUUUUACCUAUUUCAAAUUAAACAAUCUCUGUGUAUCUCUCUUCUUGUAGUCAAAUCUUAGGUAUCAAAGACCAGAUUCAGUUACCGAAGUGAUUGAUAUUGAAAGCCUUGCUAAGCUAAGCUUGUCCUUGGAAAAACCCUUAUCAGGAAGUAAAAAAACAUUUUUAAUUUGAAGUAUUGGUCUUUCAAAAGCUUUGCCCAAGUCUGGAAAAUAUGUCAUUGUUAAAGCUAACAUCAUGCUUUCAAAAACAUGUAGGUCAUCAUAAAAUAGUAUCUUUAUAGCUGUAAUAGCAUGGGAUACCUUCUGAGACUGAUGAGAGAGAAUAUCAGUUUAAUUAGGAGCACAGGGAUCACUGCUUACAAGGGCCUGUGACUGGAAAUUUCAGGCACAGUCCAAUUUUAAUACUGCUUACUGACUUUUGAUGUACAUGGAAAGCUAGUGCACAUAAUGGCAAUUGGCAGCAGUUCUGCUAAACUGAUACUACAAGAAUAGUAGGAAGGCUGCUUCUGCCCUGUUUCAAACACCUUUCCUUCUUAGAUAAUGACUUUUCUAAUGCCAUAUGUUUGUGUAUGUUGAUGUAAUGAUUAUCCUAUAGUUAGUGAUAUGUUCUGACAAUUUAUAUAAUCAUACAUGCAUAUGAAACUAUGAUUACAUAAUACAAUAACAACAUAUAAUUUAUAUCAUACAGUAUGGUAUGAAUUAUAAAUCAGAUUCCUAACAAAACCCAAUCUGAGCAAAACUUAGAAAAGUUUUUUGUUUGUUUGUUUGUUUUUUCAAUCUAGAAACCUGGUAUGAAUAAUUGCAAAUGUGAUAACUUUCCUUUGUACUUUUGAUUUAUGGGGAAAAAAGUGAAGCCUGUUGCACUAGGAGGAAAUACCAGGUAACCAAAAUCUGCACUCUUGUCAUUCUGUAUGCUUAAUCUCUCAAGGCUACCUGUAUUUUGCACUAGCUUGAUAUGAUUAAGAAAAAUGCUAGAAAUUACUUGUACAGCAGUAAACAACAAUCAAGGCCAUAAAUGCUGGUCACAAUAUUUUCAGUAUUGUUGGUUAUAUUUAAAGUUUCCUUAUAAUAAACAACACUUUUAUAUAUAAAAAA